AUGAGAGCGCUAAGAAAUAUUGUAGAUAUUUUUGCUGCGAAAAGAAAAUCGAAUACCCUACAUCCAUACCUAGCUGCAGUUAGAUCAACUCUGACAGCUGCACUCUGCCUGACAAACUUUGCUUCGCAAGUCGUAGAACGACAUAACAAACCCGAAAUCGAAGCUCGAUCCUCGGCUGAAGUAAUUCUCAACCCGCUGGUAAUUUCUCGCAAUGAGAAUGAGAAAGUUUUAAUAGAACCGUCAGUGAAUUCUAUCCGGUUUUCGAUCAAGAUCAAACAAGCUGAUGAGAUAGAGAGGAUUCUCUGUCAUAAGUUUACUAGAUUCAUGAUGCUUCGUGCCGAGCACUUUAUUAUUUUGCGAAGGAAGCCUAUUCCGGGUUACGAUAUUAGCUUCUUGAUUACCAAUUUCCAUACCGAACAGAUGCACAAGCACAAAUUAGUAGAUUUUAUUAUUCAGUUCAUGGAAGAAGUAGAUAAAGAGAUAUCCGAGAUGAAAUUGAGUCUUAAGUGGAGGGCAAGAAGUGUUGCGCACUUUUAUCUUUUGCAGUCUGCUGACGAAGACUAUGCCGUCGCACUUCCUUCCGAAGCAGGCGUAUCCAUUAAGUCUUUCCUUAUUUUAAAGUCAGGACCGUAUGGCUCCUCAAGAAGAAUAGUAUAUCCAUUAGCUGGUUCGCAAGUAUGCCUGCCCGAGGGCCUUUAG